AUGCAAAUAAACAGAUACCAACUUACACUCGUACAGUAUAAAUCUUCUUCAUAUUUUCAUAACAUUAUGCUUUAACACAAUCAUCCAUGGAUCAUUUCCUGCUUUCCUUAUUUCUGACCCUUCCAUUUUUCUUUCUCGCUCUAAUCUUUUACAAAUCCAGACUCUAUAACAUCAAGACCAACCUCCCUCCUGGUAGUUUGGGAUGGCCAAUCAUCGGCGAAACAUUUGCCUUCAUAAACCAAGACCAUGAAAAAUUCAUUGGUGAUAGAAUGAAAAAAUACUCCUCGAAGAUCUUCAAAACCAACGUAUUAGGCGAGCCAACAGUGGUUUUAUGUGGUCUUGAGGGUCACAAAUUUGUCGCUGCCAACGAGCUCAAGCUUUUCAAUGUAUGGCGACCUCUGUCCAUGCAGAAACUCUUCCGAUCUUCGUACCAAAAAGCUUCCUCCGCUGCCAUACCAAGGCAGACGGAGAAGCAAAUCCAACGAGCAUCGGGUUUCCUUCAAGUCGAUGCUCUUGUUCACUAUGUCAAAACAAUGGAUACUUUAGUUCAAGAUCACAUAAAUUCCCACUGGGUUGGUAAAAAGCAAGUUGAUGUUUACCAUCUUUCGCAGUUACUAGUAUUAACUUUAGCAACAAGGUUCUUCUGGGGACUUGAAGACCAGGUUAGAGUUGAAAAGCUUUGCAAGUUGAUGGACAUCAUGAUGUUGGGUCUCCACGUCAUUCCUUUGAAUGUACCAGGAACCAUUCUAAACCGUGCCAUGAAAGCAGCAGGGUCUGCGAGGAAAGAGAUUAUGGAGUUUAUAAAGGAGAAAAGGGAGGCUAUCUCUAAUGGAGUCAGAAUGAACGAUAUUCUCUAUUACAUGAUUGCUAAUCCGGAUGCAACCACUGGAAGAUUCAUGCCGGAUAAUGAAAUUGCUGAUAAAGUUAUGGGUUUGGCGUCUGGUGGAUUCAACUCACCUGCCAUGACGACUGCUUUCAUUGUCAAGUAUCUUGGUGAAAGAUCUGAAAUCUGUGAGUCCGCACUGUUGGAGAUUGCAAGAUCCAAAAAAUCCGGUGAGCCACUUAAUUGGGAGGAUAUACAGAAAAUGAAAUAUUCAUGGAAUGUAGCACUUGAAGUACUGAGGCUUAUGCCACCUCUUCAAGGGACCUUUAGAGAGGCUGCAACCGAUAUCGUUUAUGAAGGUUAUACAAUUCCUAAAGGCUGGAAGGUGUAUUGGACAGUAAGCACCACAAAUAAGGAUCCAAAAUGUUAUGCAGAACCAGAAGAGUUUGAUCCCACAAGGUAUGAGAAGCAAACUCCUCCACCUUACACAAAUAUCCCAUUUGGAAGUGGACCUAGAAUUUGUCCUGGAAAAGACUAUGCUCGAUUGCAAAUUCUCGUUUUCAUGCAUCACGUUGUGAAAAGAUUCAAAUGGGAAGUAACUGAUCCCAAUUGCAAGAUCAUGGGGGGCUUGAAUCCCCUUCCAAUUAAUGGCCUUCAUGUUCGCCUCCAAUCUUGCUCUGAAUAACUCGAUUCACAGUGCAAAUGUGCAACCCCCAGUUCAGAGUGGAGUAUAUAUACUAAAUAAGGGCAUGCUCGUUUCUCUUGUUACCUCCACCCUCUCUACUUGACUUAAUAUAUAUAUAUAUAUAUAUGCUGUCUAAUAGUUGAAUACAAUAAAUUUGCCAAGUUAAUAAUUAUUUUCUUUUUACCAAAUUUUAGAUGCUAUUUAAUUUGGGGUUAAAUUUUCCUCGAGGAAGAGAACUUCUAUUAUAUCAAAUAAUAACGUGAUAGUAUUGGUGUACUUAACCAGCAAAAUAUAUGGAUUCAUAAAAAAAAAAAGGGAAAAAAAAAAAACAACAACAAUGUAUGGAGAGAGAAAUCUAAAAAUAAAAUAAAAUAUACGUGCAGACUAUAUAGAGGGAGGGAGACACCAUGGCGGACCAGAAAAAUUGUUAAGUGGGGCACCAUUACAUGAUGCUAGAGACACAAAUGUUUACAGAAAUAGACAUAUAUUAUGCAAUUACCCAAAAGAAAAAAAAAAUACAUGUAUAAUGCAACAUUCUUAUGUUAUAUUAUAGUAUAGCUACUUCGAAUAGUCACCAAAUUGUUUUCAAAAAAAUAAAAUUGAGUAAUAUUCUAAGAA